AUGUCACCUCCUCUGAAUAAAAGAGAAAAUAAUGAGGAUGGCCUUACAUCAUUUAGUAAGGGAGAAAAUGAUAGGGAGGACAAGUUCGAAGAUGCCUAUGAAAGUAUCCCCGCAGCAACAACAAUGGAUCUAAUAUCUUCCCUGGAGGAAUGCACAACUGGAUUUCACAACAGAUUCUCAGAUGCCAUACAUCUCAUUUAUCCAUGGUCGAAAAACAGCAUGUACCAUGCCCUAAUUUAUGGUAUCCUUAUGGUUGUCAAGGCCUUCUUGACUUUUGAUCCACAGGAGAUAGAAAUUGGGAUGACUGCCACAAAGGAGGCUUUGAGAACCUGUAAUAGUUUCCGAUGAAAAUCUAGGAUGAUGAGUUUUUCUCAUCUAGGGAAUAAGCAGGGAAUAAAUGCUAUCAAAGAAGAGGAAUUGCAUGCAGAAAUCUGCUAUGCUGAGUGUUUGAUCUUGAAAUCCACUGUAACGUUUAUACAGGAUGACAGUGUGCUUUGUUUUCUUAAAAGCGGGAUCAACGUUGGGUUAAGUUACCAAAUAUACAAAGACUGUCAGCGAGUAUUAACACAGAUACCUAAUUACCAAAGUAUAACUUACAGACACCUGGUUGGAGGCAUAAACUUUGGACUUGGAGUAUUCAAUUUGAUAUCACUUGUGCCACCAAAGACACUUAAACUACUCAGUGUUGUUGGAUAUUCUGGCAAUAGAGAGGUAGGCUUGACUUUGCUUCAUGAGAGUGCAUCUGAAUCCCAUAUAAAUAAUAUCUUAAGUGUUUUGACUCUAUUCUUUUAUUACAAUUAUAUCUCCGUAGCUUUUGGUGUUGAAAAGAGCCACAAUUCCGCUGCAGAGAAUCUCUCCCUAAUCUACCUCCAGAAAUUUCCAAACUGUGUCAUACUUAAAUUUUUUCAUGCACGUUUUAGUAUGUUGAAAGGAUAUUUUAAACAUGCCCAAUUAACAUUAGAGGAGUGCCUUUUUAUUCAGAACGAAUGGAAGCAGGUUCAUCACCUCUGUUACUGGGAACUCAUGUGGUGCCACAUUUUCUUGGAUUGGAAGCAGGUUUACCACUAUGCUGAGCUACUGUUUCAACACAGCAGGUGGUCCAAGGCAAUAUAUUCGUUCGCUGAAGCUUCACUACUGGCCGUGCUUCCUUCUGAUUUUGUGAAAUCGGUAAGUGAGGACAUGAGCUCUCUCUUCUUAAACGUGGAUAACCUGAGAAUCAGAAUUUUAGGAACUUCUGUGCCAAUAGAAAAGUUUGUUGCUGAGAAGGGUCAGCGCUAUGCGACCACUGCAGGUUGGUUUACAGCACAGCCCAUUUUGGAACUCAUGUAUGCCUGGAGUGGUUUCCGAGUCAUGAGCAAAAAACUAGAGCUUAUUUCAACCUGGCUAUCAAUAAUUGACAAAGGAGGCGAACUUUUACGAGAAAAUCCAAGUAAAGAGUAUGGCACAGCUGACAUAAGUCUGUUAAAUUUACUGAAAGGUCUGUGCCUGAAAUACUUAGGCGAAUAUUCGAUGGCCGAGCACUACUUUAAUCAUGUCAUUCAAAAGGAGAAAUUGUUAAAACAUGACCACUAUUUGGUGCCGUAUUCAUACCAUGAACUGGGAAUUCUAUACUAUCUAAAAGGAGAUUAUGCCAGUGCAAUAAAAAACCUAGAAAACAUAAAAAACUACAAAGACUAUUCCAUGGAAGCCCGAUUACAGUUUAGGGCUCACAUAGCCCUUGAACAAAUAGCUAAAGAAAAGUGA